AUGAUUCUAAUCCAAUCAUAUUAUCUAACUAGAAAUAAUUUAUCUCGACGAUUUUUCUGUGCAUCCGUCGUCGUCAACAAUAAAUUAAUAGAAACAAAAUACCAAAGAACUAUUAAAUCAUUACAGGGACAAUUUCAAAACAAACAAGAAGAUAGUUUAAAAAAGCAACCGAAACAAAUCAGACAGUUCAUAAGAAGACCGUGGCGCUCAAAAAUUGAUGUUUUCACUUUUCCAGAUAAUUCAAAUUUCCCUAAUCAAAAAGACAGAGAAAAAGAAAAUGAUAAACAAGAAAACGAACAAAUCAAUAAUAAAGCAGAAACCAUAACAGCGAAAAAAUCAACGCCAAUCACGCUCACUCAAAUUCCAGUUCACUCUUUCAAAAAAAGCACUCUGCACGGAUUUUUUCUCGAAAUUAAACAACAGACAAUCACGGCCUUCAUGCCGAAAGGCUACCCAUACUCGGUGGCGGAUAAUUAUUUGAAUUUUGCCAAGUGGCAGUUUAUGCAUAAUGUCGCUGGAUCGGUUACUGGCGUGUUAGCAACCCAAUCAUUGUUAUACGGAUUGGCAGCUUUAAACUGGAUAAUAAAAGACGGGCUCGGACAACUAGGUGGAGUAAUCUAUGCUGCAUCCAUCAGUGACCGCUUCGACUCUGAGCCUAAACGACAUCGAUUCCAAUCAACGGUCGCGAUGCAACUUGCGUCAGUCUUGGAAUUGAUGACGCCGUUGUGGCCAAAUAUGUUCUUGUUGAUUGCUUCCGUUUCGAACAUUGGGAAAAAUAUUGCUUGGUUGGCUGGUUCGGCUACGAGAGCACAAAUGCAUAAAACUUUUGCGUUAAGGGACAAUUUGGGUGAUUUAACAGGAAAAUCAGGAUCUCAAACCACAGCUGCCGGAUUACUAGGAGCUGGAAUUGGAAUUACGAUCAGUGCUGCAAUUACGACUCUAUCAACUUCGGCAGCUUCUUCUAUAGCCAUCGACUCAAUCUCAUCAACAACAUUACCGGCGAUCUACAUUUUCGCGGCAUUCAUGCCAUUCUCAGCCCUCAAUCUUUACGCAAGCUAUCAGUCAAGUCUUUAUGUGACCAGUAGCACCUUGAAUGUUCCUCGUGCUGAAAUGAUACUUCACGAGGUUCUCUUUCACCAUUCACCGUUCUCACCAUUGAAACUAGAAAAGUAUCCAAAAAUAUCGGUAUUCACACCACGAGAAAUCUCUGUUCAGGAAGUCUUUGUUCGUCGAUACCGAUCCAAAUUCAAUAUUCCCAUCGUGAUAGAACCCGCGUUGCACCAAUACCCUUGUGAUAAAUACGACAAAGAACUUUAUUCCGCGUUCCAGCAAGAAGGAUUUAAACAUCAUGCGGAGUAUUUCCUUUUGCAUGUGUUUGACAAACAUCAUAUUUUUGCAAAUCGGCUGUCCUCACGAUUUCAAUAUUUCUCGAAUUCGAAAAUUUUUGGAAACGAGCAUGAUACGUUGUGGAAAGAUCCACGUUUUCAAUUAAAGCUGAAAAAUAUUAGACAGCAGCAACACGUUGCGUUGUGGUUUUCGCAGAGAGCGAAACCAAAGGAUAUGAUUAAAGGAUUUGCGCAUGCUUGUGCAUUUAGAUUUAGUUUAGAUAGAAAAAUACAAGAACAGCUGGAACAAGAACCAGAAAAAGUGUUUGAUUAUAAAGAUAGCGAACAGGUCGUGAAAGUCGUGAAUGAUACGUAUGAUUGGGUUGAUAAGGUUUCUGAAGAGUUGUUUGAAGGGUUGUUAGCAGAAAAGUGGGAUAUUGAGUAUUUGUUCUUUGCCGAACGAGAAGAUGGAAGAUUGUUUACUCAACCCAUCCUGGGAAAACAGAUAUUGAUAUCCAAGACGACACUUCUAUUACCAGAUAUAUUUCCGUCCGGCCUACUCCCAAUCAAAAUCAACGAGCCAAAAGUGCAAUAUUGUGCUGUGAUUCUAAUAAGCUACCAUCUAAGCCAAGAAGAUGAUGCACCGGUACCAACUGAACUCAACGAAGCCAUUAUUAAACAACUCACCGAGAAACAUGCUGUUGCAGAAGAAAAUUUUGUGGAAGUAGUGACUAGAGUUCAACCUUAG